AUGACAACAAGGAUACCACCAAAAGUGGAGCCAAUAGCAGAAGAAUAUCACAACCAUAAAAGUAUCACAUCCCAGUUCUUAAAUGAAGGCACAUUGUCAUCACCAUCUUCUUCAUCCUCAACUUGUUCCCCAGCGGCACAGGAUAAGAAGUCACAAGAUUUUAGUUGGCAAGAUUUUCUUCUUGAAGAUGCACUUUUAUCUGCAAAUCGACAAGUACAAGACAGCACACUGGAGUUUUCAUCGAAGGACUUCCCUAAUAACUCUCAUAAUGUGACACCACGAAGUCAGAUCAACAAUGAGAAUAAUAUACAAAUCAAUAAUGGAGUUAAGAGAAUGGAUUUUAGAGGUCCAAUCUAUGGAUUUCCUGCUUCAUCAUUCACUAACAUUUCAUUUGUGGAAGCUAUGAUACACCGACAAAAUGAGAUGUUCUGGGAUUUUCCUGAUCUUAUGGAGGAACCCUUGUAUAAUUGA